GGCACACGGGGUACGGGAGGAAUGAGCAGCGGGCUGGUGCUGCGCACCCCGCUCCCCGAGGACGCCUCGGCGUUUACGCCACUGAAGCCCGUCACCAUGUCGGGGGAACCCGGCGAAGACACCCCUGUCUUUGAGGACAUCAAAGCCCCUGCCCGGCCCCUGGAAAACCCGCCCGACCUGGCGCAGCUGCACCCUAUGAGGAUGGAACAGCGGAUGCCGCCGCUCAUUCUCGAGGCGCGGUCCGAAAUGGAUAAGUACCUUUCAAAUGAGGUGCCACCCAUCCCAAUGAUACCAGACAAGAAGUACCGCCGGGAGAGUGCCUCAGUUGUGGAUGAGUUCUUCUCCACAGAAAAGCCCACCUCUACACCGUACAGCGUGAACAUCAAUGUGAUUCUGCCAGACACCACACACCUGCGCACUGGACUUUACCGGCCACCCAAACCCAUGACACCAUUCCCACAGAUCAAAACAGAGCCUGGCACCAGCUUCUCCCAGCCCUGCUCUUCUGCCUCCGGCUCCACACAGACCCUGCCUGACUUCACCAGUGUCUUCAGCAUGCCCCAGUCAGUGGCAGUGAACAACAUCUUCAUCAAGCAGGAGAUGCCCUCUGAGAUCCCCUUAUCCACCAAUCCACAGCAAUCCCAGCUUUACCAGAUGCCUCUGGGCAAUGGAAGUGCUGACAUUACCACUCUGACAUCCUCCUCCAACAGCACCACAGCCAUCAACAGUCUCAGUGGUGUUACCAUGUCCACAGGUAACACCAUGUCCAGUGUGCUCCACAGACCUGUCCAGCCAGGAGGGCCAGUUAAGCAGUACCCACAUGUCUCCCAGGGACAGGGAAACUUCAGCAUCUCAGGGCAGUUCUACCAUGCUCCAGGGGUGAACCUGCCCCCUUCACCCCCCAACUCACAGCCUGGCAGCCCAGAAAAUCAACCAGAGCUCAUCAAUACCAUCUCUCCCCCACCAUCCUAUGAAGCCACUUUUGGACUGAAGAUGGUCCAGUCAUCCCAGGUCCCCCCAGUCCCCAAUGGCCUUGGGACCCUCUCCCAAGGGCACAUUGUCAUGCAGCCCCCCAAAUACAACAGACGCAACAACCCUGAGCUGGAGAAAAGGAGAAUCCAUCACUGCGAUUACCCAGGUUGCUCAAAAGUUUAUACCAAGAGCUCCCACCUGAAGGCACAUCAGAGGACUCACACAGGUGAGAAGCCCUAUAAAUGCACAUGGGAAGGCUGCGACUGGCGCUUUGCCCGCUCCGACGAGCUGACCCGGCACUACCGGAAGCACACGGGUGCCAAGCCCUUCAAGUGCCUAGCCUGCGGGCGGUGCUUCUCCCGCUCCGACCAUCUGGCUCUCCACAUGAAGCGGCACCAGAACUAGGAGCCGCCUACAGUCACCACUUCUCCAAGAGCAGCUGAAAUUCUUCUUUUCCGAAGGGCCUCUCCUCUUCUUGUACGUAGGAACAAACCCAUACUGUGAUCAACUGGCAGGGCAGGGGUGGUGGGAAAACCCCCUCUGCAAGUCCUGUCCCCAACUGUUUCUGGUUUUAGAAGAAAUCUCAUUUAAAAAGAGUUAUAAUUAUAGACUGAUCUCAUGAUGAGGCUCCCGGUGGCACUGGGGCAAUGGACCUUGGAUUCCAAAGGGCUUUCUUCAGCAAACCUGCUAUUUAUUUGACACUCAGGAGCAGCUGUCCUUCGUGUCUCAAGCUCUUUGGUAUUUUUUUACCCCUUUCAGGGUGGUGCCUUUGGUGAGCGCGAGGAGGGUUGUGAUGGAUUAGUAGCCUGGCUGUGUGUGAGAGGUCUCACUUCAAACCGCCAGUGCAAUCUUCUUGGACUGCCCCAUGGUGUAGCUGUGGAUGUGGCACCUCUGAUGUGUAAGAACACAUGCCCAGGGCUGUUUGGGCUGACAAUCCCAGUCUCUAUGGGGGCAUAGAAGAAAGGGCCUAUGACAUACUCACCUGACGUGCCUUCAAGCAAGGGACAGCACAAAAGCAGAUGACAAGAGCCAUCAUCUGUGUCCCAUUGAGCCCACCUGUGUUUUCCUGGCAGCCAGCUCACAUGGGGCUGUGAAUAUCUGCCUUGCUUGGCCAGGUUUUUUGGUUGUGUCCUUAGCAUUUCUGCUUCCAAGAUGAAUUUUUACUUCAGGCUCUCUGGGAGGAUCAGCAGGGGUCCUGAAGCCACCCAAGGGACUGCCAAAAAAGCCGCCGAUAAAGCUCUGGUCUCCCACAAUAUACUGUGCCUUUCUCCAAAAAGUACUGAGCAGGCUCUGCUCGUGCCUUGAACAUGCACACAGGGAAUCAGUCAUCGCCAAUCACACUGGUCUUUUGCUGUUGCCAUUUCAUCACAUUCAGACAGAAAAGAAGAAAAGAAGAAAGCAUCUUUGAAACAAAUUCCAAUAAAUCCUGCUGUUCAGAUUGUAAUCAUGUUACCUACCUCACAGGUUCACCGCCUCGGGCUCCGUAAGGCACCUUCCCUCUUCUUCUGUGGGGUGCUGUGACGUGUGGGGCACAUCAGCCAUUAUUCAAAGUCUACCGGGGGUUAAACUUAGGCAGAACAAGAACUAGGCCAUGCCAGUUUAAACAGCAGCCGUGCAGGUAAUAAAUAAAUCAGGAACAAAUAAUGGGUCUGGUGCAUUCAACAGAAUAUUGAUUUCUCCCAUGCCAUCCUCCUCUUUUGUUCUUCCUUGAACAAAUUUAAGUAAUGUGCAGAGUGAUGCGCGUCUGCAGUGUGAACUGAAAGGCCAUGCUGAACCACGGCAUCUUCAGGUGGUGGAAAUUUGAAGGCCACCCCUCUCUGCUAUUGCCCAACAGCACAUUAGCCGAAAACCACAGCUGGGUUCCUGGUUGUCCUUUGCCUUGGAUAAAUAAAACCAAUCACACCUGCAGUACACGUGGCUGGUCUGGCAUGACAGGAGAGGGCAGGAAGGAUCUGGGGGGGUGCAGAGUGUGGUGUAGGCUGUGGGAUGGAUGAUGUGCCCGAGGCGGGUGGUGCAGCACUCCAGUGAGCCCUUCGUUUGGCUCUUUGGCAAUAAGCCUCCUCCUUUCUCCAUACCACUGGGAGGGUGGGAAGGGAGGGGUGAAGUCAGGACACCUUGUUGCUGGGAGCCAGCUUGGGUGACUUUCUCUGAUGGUGUGUGGGAAGGGCUUUCCAGACCUCAGCACUUUGUCUGGCUGGAGGGUUUGAUGAUGGCACCCUCCUGACACCGUAUUCAAGUGAGCAAUUGAGAGUCUGGCUCAUAAAUCAGUUUUCGCUGACCACGUGUAUGUCCUCCACAUCCUUUUUCCAACUCUUUCAUUGCUUGUCAACAUAGCUCACUGGGGAUCAGCGGGUGCUGGAGCAAAUAGGCUCAUUUGCCAUCUACCUUUCUGGCUGUGGGGUCUGGCUCCUCUUCAGGGCACGGAGCAGGACCUUGCCAAUGCCACCACUGUGACCUGAGCUCUUUCUAUUUCCCACCUCACCUUGGAGGUUGAGCCAUAUGAGCAAGUAGGGCAUUGCAGUGCCAUGUGCCCCCCAAAAAUUGGGGGUGGGAGUGGUGCAUGGCCUGAAGCCUUCAUGCAGGGAACAGUUUUACCUCUUGCUCCUGCUUGGAGAUGAUGGGUCUGGAGAGCCUCAGGGAAGGGCUGAUUAUGGAAAAACCCCUCAGAGAAUGGGGGUGGUGCAGGGUGUAGGAACAUGCGUGUCUGCCGGUGCGUGAGGGUUGAGCUCACGCUAAAGGAAUUUCAGAGUAGUGGAGAUGCCUCAGCCAGUCCCUGCUGGUGUCUCCAGGAAGCUCAAGCUGGUUCGGUGGGGCUGGUGGGGACCCACUGCAGCUGUGCUGGGACCUGCUGGGCUCCACCCUGCUCUGCUGGCACCUGUUCAGUUCCUUGGCAGGUGAGCCCUGGCACAGCAGUUCCCAUGUCUCCCCCCACCGGGAGCCAGCAGCCCCCAUGACUGUAACUGCAACCUCCAUGGGGGAAGACCUUUUUUUCAGUGCGUCUGUUGUGGUUGAACCUGCUAAACAUGUCAGCCAAAGUGCAGGGCACAGGACUGACCCAGCCACCAUGACAUCAGGCUGGGCAUGGGGCUAGACCUCACACCCAUGGCCCUCUCGGGGGGGGUCUCAUUGCCAACCCUCUUACUUUUGGAGAAGAAAACCUCCACUCCACCACCCAUUUCUAUCUCCUCCCUUGCUGUGCUGAUGGGGCCCAAAACCUGUUUGCUGAAAAACAGUACAAAACCAAAACAACCAACAGGCAGCUUUAAAUCUUAGGGGAAUUUUGAAUAAUUUUCCUGAUGAUCUUGGAUUUUUUUCACUACAGGAAAAAUGCAUCUGCUUAUUCUCACAUGGACUAUGUGUGUGUGUAUAUAUGUAUUUUUUAUUUUUAAUUUUUUUUAAAUUGGGGGCAAAGGAAGAAGUGUCUUAACAAAAAACCCACCCCAACCUAGUGCUGCUUCCCAAGCAGUACCACUGGUCUGCCUGCAAAAUGCUGACAUGCAAAUGUUUUACUAGUGCAAAGGGAACAGUUUAAAAAAAAAAAGUUGGAAGGAAAACCACAGCAAGCAAGCCUCAGCUUUUCUUUCUCUAUUUUUGUGUGUACAGCAGUGGGCAGCCUCUAGCCUUGCAUUUCACUUGUUGGUGGCUGAGAGCAGCUAUUCCUUGGGAGAAAGCUGGGGGAGGUGGGGAGUGAUGCUGAUGGAGCAAAGCCCCUCUUUGCUGUGGGAGGGAUGGCUUGGAGCCAAGUGAGGUGGCUGGGAGUGUGUGAACCCCAGCUGAAUGAAGGUCCAUCCAUCACACGUAGGUGAUAGGGACAUUGGUUUCCAAGCCUGGAAGGCUUUUCAAGCCUGUGCUUGGUGCAGAACAAAUGCCAGUCCAGCCAGGAGGCAGGUGGCUCAUCUCUGCUGCGCCUGUAUCAUAGCGGGGGAAAAAAAUAAAAUCACUGUAAAUAGGAAAAGAGCACUGUAUUGCUUCACAGAUCUGUGUGGAUUGAAAGUGAUUGUUUACUGUCCAAGAUGAACACAAUGUGAAAAAAAAAUUGGGACCUGGAAAACUUGGGUGGAAGGUUUAUUUUUCUGGUGAUGCUUUUGUUUGUUACAUAACCCCUCUCCCUCCUGAAACUCCCCUACAAUUAUUAAUCUAUCUCGUAUUUUGUAAUAAAAUUUUAUCACGUGGAGACAUGGUCUUUCUUCUGUUCCUUCCCGUUGCAAAUGCUCUUUUUGCCUUCAUGCACUGAUGCUUGUGUGUAUGUUGAUUACAGGCUUAAGAAAAGAAAAAAAAGCUUUUUAAAGUUGGAUUA